AUGUUAGUUAUAAAUCUUGCACCAAUUGAUCAGUCAGGUCGCAGUUUGGCAAUAGCGCAUUACCUUAAGAAGGAGAAAAAUUCCGUGAUGCUGGUGUCGUACGCCGGAACGCGAAAGCAUGGCGCACAGGAAAAACAGAGCCGGCUCAGCAUUUUCUACAUAAGGAACAUUGUCACAAAAGGCAAAGGUUUUCCGGCCAGACAGGCUACUCUGGUAGCAAAGAUGCUCUACAUCGUCUUCAUGAGCAUUUUCUAUCUGUUCAGGUACAAAUACGAUCUGUACAAAAACGGGCUGAAAAGGCACUGCGCAGGGUGCAAGUUCUACAGCAGGGGCGGGGCUGUGAUAUUUGUGGUCCCCCCUACGAUCACAGUAAUACUUCCCGUGAUUGUUGCCAAGCUCCUGCGAAUUCGGGUGAUCAUAGACUGGCACCGAAUCGCCGAGGGCUUCAUGGAGAUUAUGGACAGGUGCAUUGCAAGCAUGGUGGAAAACAUAACGGUUACGCAGGCGAUGCAGGAGUACUUUAUGCAGCACCGGAUAAAAAAGCCGUUUCUGCUAACCGACAUGAAGCUAAGAAAAAUAACAAAAAAGAAGAGGCAGGAAAGAAAGCACAGCCUGAACAGAGUCGCCUUUCUACACUAUUUGUCCACCAAAUACAAAGAGUACGGGGACAAGCUGGGGAGCAUCAAAAGCUUCCAGAAAAUAGGAGUGUGCAGCACAAGCUGCUCCAAAGAGGAAAACAUCAAAGAGCUUCUGAAGGAGAUCAAGAGCCUGGAAAUUCCGCAGGGCGGAGUUUUGUUCAUCACAACAAAAGAAAAAAUAAACUGCAAAGCCGGAAACCUGCAGGUCAUUCAGGUCUUCCUGGACUACCAGGAUUAUCUGGGGCUGCUGGAAAUAGCAGACUUUGGCAUAUCCACGCACGUGUGCCGGUUUGACUUCCCGCUGAAAAUUGUGGACUAUUUGGAAAGCAAGCUCCUGGUGCUUGCACAUGUAAGCACUCCAGACAUAGCAGGCCCCUUCCAAAAAAGCAGAAUAGUCCGGUACACGGACAGGCUCGCGCUAAGAGAGCAGCUAACCAGGCUGUACACAGAAGACAGCGAGAACGAGCCAAACUCCCCAAAGACCAACUAUCUAAUCAAAGCCAAAGCACAAUAA